AUGUCCUCUCUACCGUUCAAUAAAGACGUGUUCGAUGAUAACAUACUGGACCCUGGUCGACUUCUCCCAGCCUCCGCUCGGACAGCAGUUCAUACACUCGCCAACCCCUUAGAGGACAUACAAAGGUUCCUCAAGAAGGAUCUAUGUGUAGGGAAACUGAACAAGAUCGAUCAAUAUCUGUGGCUGGCCGGCCUGCCGACGCCGCCCAAGCCCCUGAACUACCAACUCGCAACCUCCCGCGAGAUAGCCGUGGAUGAAAGAAUCGACAUGCACAUGGUAUGGGAGCAUACUCGGCGAAUUCACUUAAAACCGGUCCCAAGAUACCUGCUCGACCCCGAGUUCUGGGAGCAUCAUCUGUCCUGCAAAGCCCCCUGCUGCGCAUCGCCAUGUGACCGCAUUGCACAAACAUCUCAAGCAUGCUCAAAAAACAUCAGACAAUGUGCCCUUGGUUUCUUGUGCUCAUACAUCGCAUUGAUCCAGUUUGAAAGCGACUUUGCGAUCGCUCGGGAAUAUAAGCUCCUACCAAAUAACAUAACCUGGGACAUGUGGCUCAAGUUAGUUCACCAGUUAUUGAAGAGCGAUGCCCCCAACCCCGCAAACAUCAAUUCGCGGUACUUUUUCGGCGAGCUGAGGCUGUCGCGACUGAACAAAAUCUAUGCAAUUCGGCAUGGAAGUGUGCUGAGUGCCUAUCAGUAUACGUACCAGACGUAUGCCGAGCUGUUCCAUGACUACCUGACUCCGUUGACCGCAGCGACUAUCUAUGUUGCGUUGGUGUUGACAGCGAUGCAGGUUGGACUGGCUACGACUCGUUUAGGUACAAAUACGCCGUUCCAGAAGGUCUCCUAUGGGUUUACUGUGUUUUCGAUACUUGGGCCGCUGAUUGGAAUAAUGCUGCUUGGGAUCAUGGGAGGGUUGGCUUUCACCAAUAAUAUGAUGGCAACGUGGAGAUUUAAGCGGCAGAAGUUUGCCUUAUAUGAACAGCUAAUGGCGCGAAAUCAGCUGCCCUGA